UUGAUGAGAUUGUGAACCGUCCAAACGCAGCCUGCUUAGUGCUGUUUGCCACAGUGGUAGUUUCAGUUUCUUCUUCCUUCCAGUUCUGCCUCAGUUCAUAACGUUCAUCUGCAAAACCCUAACCCCUUUCACUCCGAAACUUGGCCGACGACAUGUCUACUCUAGAAAUCGAAGCUCGAGAUGUGAUCAAGAUUGUGCUUCAAUUUUGUAAAGAAAAUUCGUUGCACCAAACCUUUCAGACUCUGCAGAGUGAGUGUCAGGUAUCUUUGAACACUGUAGACAGCGUUGAGACAUUUGUUGCUGAUAUUAAUAGUGGAAGAUGGGAUGCAAUAUUGCCUCAAGUUGCUCAACUUAAACUUCCCAGGAAUAAAUUGGAGGACUUGUAUGAGCAGAUUGUUCUGGAAAUGAUUGAACUUCGAGAAUUGGAUACUGCUCGUGCUAUCUUAAGACAAACUCAGGUAAUGGGUGUCAUGAAGCAAGAACAACCUGAAAGAUACUUGCGACUUGAGCAUCUCCUAGUCAGAACUUAUUUUGAUCCGAAUGAGGCUUAUCAAGAGUCAACAAAAGAGAAACGACGUGCACAAAUUGCUCAAGCACUUGCAGCGGAAGUUACUGUUGUACCACCUUCUAGAUUAAUGGCUCUUAUUGGUCAGUCGUUGAAGUGGCAGCAACACCAAGGAUUACUUCCUCCAGGCACACAAUUUGACUUAUUUAGAGGAACAGCUGCUAUGAAACAAGAUGUAGAAGACACAUACCCAUCAACUCUUGCACAUACCAUAAAGUUUGGGACAAAAAGUCAUGCAGAGUGUGCUCGUUUUUCACCAGAUGGACAGUUUCUUGUUUCCUGCUCUGUUGAUGGAUUUGUUGAGGUCUGGGAUUAUAUUAGUGGGAAACUGAAGAAGGAUUUACAGUAUCAGGCUGAUGAAACUUUCAUGAUGCAUGAUGAUCCAGUGCUUUGUGUAGAUUUUAGUAGGGAUUCAGAGAUUCUUGCAUCUGGGUCACAAGAUGGAAAAAUCAAAGUUUGGCGUAUAAGAACUGGUCAGUGCUUGCGCCGUCUUGAACGCGCGCAUUCUCAGGGUGUCACAAGUGUUGUUUUUUCUCGAGAUGGAAGCCAGUUGCUAAGUACAUCAUUUGAUAGCACAGCACGGAUUCAUGGUCUUAAAUCUGGGAAGUUGUUAAAAGAAUUUCGAGGACAUGGAUCUUAUGUAAAUGAUGCAAUCUUUACACAUGAUGGCGCUCGUGUUAUUACUGCAUCUAGUGAUUGCACUGUUAAAGUUUGGGAUGUGAAGACUACCGAAUGCCUGCAGACAUUCAAACCACCUCCUCCUUUAAGGGGAGGGGAUGCGUCUGUGAAUUCUGUUCAUCUUUUCCCAAAAAGUACCGACCACAUCAUUGUAUGCAAUAAGACCUCAUCUGUAUACAUCAUGACACUUCAAGGACAGGUUGUGAAGAGCUUUUCAUCAGGUAAAAGAGAAGGUGGAGAUUUUGUGGCCGCUUGUGUGUCACCUAAAGGGGAAUGGAUUUAUUGUGUUGGUGAAGACAGGAAUAUAUACUGCUUCAGCUACCAAUCUGGUAAACUAGAGCACCUAAUGAAGGUUCAUGAGAAAGAUGUAAUUGGUGUCACUCAUCAUCCCCAUAGAAAUUUGGUGGCCACAUAUGGUGAGGACUGCACAAUGAAAUUAUGGAAGCCUUGAAUAUCUUUUGUAUUGAGUCUAUUGACCGCAAUUCAGUCUUGUAAACUAAUAUUUUUUUCCGUCUUUUUACAGUAAUUUUGUUUUGUAUAUUUAGGUUUAGUUUAAAAUGUAAUGUUGUUUGCUAUUUCCCCAAGGCUGUUCUAGUGUAUUCGCGGGAGAGCUGCAGACUCUCCUUUGGCGUUUUGGUA